AUGGACUUACACCGGGCAGCGUUCAAGAUGGAGAACUCACCCUACCUCCCCAACCCACUGGCCUCCCCAGCACUGAUGGUUCUUGCCUCCACUGCCGAAGCCAGUCGUGAUGCUUCCAUUCCCUGCCAGCAGCCGAGGCCUUUUGGGGUCCCCGUGUCAGCAGAUAAGGACGUGCAUAUUCCCUUCACCAACGGCUCAUAUACUUUUGCCUCCAUGUACCACCGGCAAGGGGGGGUGCCGGGAGCGUUUGCAAACCGUGACUUUCCUCCAUCCUUGCUUCACCUCCACCCCCAGUUUGCACCCCCUAACCUGGACUGCACCCCGAUCAGUAUGUUGAACCACAGCGGCGUUGGGGCUUUCCGCCCCUUUGCAUCUACUGAAGACCGGGAGAGCUACCAGUCGGCCUUUACGCCGGCCAAGCGCCUGAAAAACUGCCAUGACACUGACUCACCCCAUCUGCGCUUCUCGGAUGCUGAUGGGAAGGAGUACGAGUUUGGCACACAGCUCCCCUCCAGCUCCCCCGGCUCCCUCAAAGUUGAUGAUACAGGGAAGAAGAUCUUUGCAGUUUCUGGCCUCAUUUCUGACCGGGAGACCUCAUCCAGUCCUGAAGACCGAAGCGACAGAUGCAAAAAGAAAACGACUUUGUUUGACAGCCAGGCUCCAAUCUGCCCCAUCUGCCAGGUCCUCCUUCGCCCUGGGGAGUUGCAGGAGCACAUGGAGCAGGAGCUGGAGAAGCUCACCCAGCUGAACAUCAGCAAGAGCUCCAUCCUGAAGGAUGCCAUGGCAGCAGGUACCCCCAAGUCAAUUUUGUUGUCGGCCUCAAUCAAGCGGGAAGGAGAUUCUCCAACAGCAUCACCCCACUCCUCAGAUGACAUCCAUCACUCAGACAGAUACCAGAGAUCAGCACAUGCUCGGAUUGGAAAAAUGAAACGGAGGAAGCAAGACGAAGGGCAGAGAGAAGGUUCAUGCAUGACUGAGGAUGACUCUGUGGACAUUGAGAACGAGAACGGCAACCGCUUUGAAGAGUACGAAUGGUGCGGGCAGAAGAGGAUACGGGCCACUACCCUCCUGGAGGGAGGAUUUCGAGGUUCUGGGUUUAUCAUGUGCAGUGGCAAAGAGAAUCCAGACAGUGAUGCUGACCUGGAUGUUGACGGGGACGACACACUUGAAUAUGGGAAGCCACAGUACACGGAGGCAGACGUCAUCCCUUGCACUGGGGAAGAGCCAGGUGAAGCCAAAGAAAGGGAGGCACUCCGAGGUGCUGUUUUAAAUGGUGGCACACCCAGUACUCGAAUAACACCGGAGUUUUCCAAAUGGGCCAGCGAUGAAAUGCCCUCAACGAGUAAUGGUGAAAGCAGUAAACAGGAGACCAUGCAGAAGACCUGUAAGAACAGUGAUAUUGAAAAAAUUACAGAAGACUCUGCAGUGACAACAUUUGAAGCGCUAAAGGCUCGUGUCCGUGAGUUAGAAAGGCAGCUUUCCCGUGGGGACCGCUAUAAAUGUCUCAUUUGCAUGGACUCCUACACAAUGCCCCUGACUUCCAUUCAGUGCUGGCAUGUGCACUGUGAAGAAUGCUGGCUGCGGACUCUGGGUGCCAAGAAGCUCUGUCCCCAGUGUAACACCAUCACGUCUCCCGGAGACCUGCGGCGCAUUUACUUAUGAAGGGCCCAGCGGGAGGGCAGGACCUGGUUACUCAGCCCAGCUCAUCACACCAAGGGG